CACGGACAAAGAUCACGAAUGUCUUGAAGGAUCAACAUCUUCGCGUGCGAAAACGAUGACUCCUGGAGUUUCUUCUGCAUCUGUUGAGUCGACCUCGGGCCGCCAGGAACUCCUUCAGGAUGCGAUGACCAUGCACAGAAGCACGACCAGAUAAAAAGGACUCGAUAGUGUGAUUCCAGCUGAUUCAUCAUCCCUCGUCAAUACUACUUCUCACUUCUCACAAAUGGCUUCUAACACAAACACUCUACGCGCACCUCGUGAGCGAGACACGUGGUACUAUCCCCCAGACAUCGCCAACGACCUCGACGGUAUCAAUCUACCUGAGAACGUCAAAGGCGAGAUUUUCGCGACAGCCUGGGAAUACACUCGCACGGUCAUACCUCACUAUACCAACUGGAAACGCUAUGUAGCGUUCAUGCGUAUCAUUGUCAUGGGCAUCAUCGCCGAGUUCAAAGGAGACCUGUUGGAUGUCACAGAUGGUGACAAGGUGCUGAACUACAGUCUUGAUGGCAUCCUGUCAGACCUCUUCACCGGAACGCCGGGCCAUGCAGAAAUGGCGCGCGAAUACAAGACUUUCCUGCUUGUCUCGGGCGACAAGUCAAGUGGAAGACGUCAUGGAGAGUUCUUCAGACGUUAUGUCAAUGUCCUGGCUGAAUCACCUGAGCGCUACUUCCGCAUGCGCGACACUGAUGCAUUGUGUCGCUUCACCAUCGCUGUAGCACUUGCAUGUAGCAAUCAGGAUGACGUCUGGUUUACUGAGAAUCAGUUCAACAUGCUUGCCGAGAUUGGCGAUACUAUGUACGAUGCAGUAUCUUUCUUCAAGCACCGCAGCGAAGGCGAAACCAACAGCACAUUUGCGUAUAUGCCCGAGGAUCUACGCGUCGCUGCCUAUAGACAGUGUCGAGAAGUCCUUUGGGCUCUUGACGCAGCCUGGUGCACACGACCCGAGACAGCGUGCGUCACCAGUUUCCUGCGCUACUUUGGCGGUCCCCUCCACAUGAUGAUGCGCCGCUACAGAUUCGUCGAGGAAAAUCUGACCAUCGGCAGAGAAGAAGACAUUGGCGUUGUGCUUCAGACUCGCAAUCACUACAAGCUCUGGAACCGCCUGGAUGCAAAGAAGUUACGCGAAACAGAGUCCAACUCCACAGACCAGCAGCGAUACAAAGACAUCAUUGCGCAAGAAGAGGUCUUGCUGUUCCCUGGUUUGGGACAGACCAUCGAGAGUCACGGCGAAGGACACUGCAACGAAUGCUUGUACCGCCCCUCAUACGGUGUAGAGACCACCCACUGUUUUGGAGGAGUCGAGUUGUGCGACAACUGCAGGGUACGCUGGCGCCAGUACCUGCUCAGUUUCCCGGAACGCGCCGCUGAAGCCUUUCCGGAACUGGUUGCGACUUAUGGAAGGGCGAUUAUGAAUGUCGAGUCUAAGAAAGCAGAAGUCGAGUCCAAGGCCGUACAGGAGAGGAGUAGGCAGAGUGACCAGGCUUUUGAGAUGUGCCUGCCUGGGUUUUCCAUGUCGGACAUUGAGCCGGCAAAGGUAGGGGUUGUUGCUUAAUGAAUCUAGUCAAGACGUAAGGAUGUUAGGGCGUAUGUUGGUCGAGGACUUUGAAAAAACUGUUGGAAAAUAUCUUUGUUGCCAAGAAUUCAACUCAUGCUCCGCUGGUGAUUCAUGUGAAAGAGCAGUUGUUCGAGAUUCGUAGCGUGAGAAGCCCUGAUAACAUUCUCAAAUUAAAC